AUGAUCAUCCUCACCAUGAUAGACUCCAAGCUACAAACACCAAUGUACUUUUUCCUCAGACACCUGGCUAUCACGGAUCUUGGUUACUCAACAAGCGUAGGACCCAAAAUGUUGGUGAAUUUUCUUGUGGAUGAAAAUAGAAUUUCCUAUUAUUUUUGUGCUAUACAGCUUGCUUGCUUUCUUGUGUUCAUUGUUUGUGAACUUUUCAUUCUAUCAGCCAUGUCCUAUGACCGCUAUGUGGCCAUCUGUAACCCUCUGCUUUAUGCAGCCAUCAUGUCCCAAAGGGUAUGUCGAGCACUGGUGACAAUCCCUUAUCUCUACAGCACAUUUGUUUCACUUCUGAUCACCAUAAAGAUUUUUAACUUAACCUUCUGUGGCUACAAUGUCAUCAGUCAUUUCUACUGUGACUGUAUCCCCUUACUAUCUUUGCUCUGCUCAAACACACAUGAAACUGAAUUGAUCAUUCUCAUUUUAGCAAGUUUUGAUUUGAUUUCAUCCCUUCUAGUAGUUCUUGUCUCUUACCUGCUCAUCCUUAUCACCAUUCUCAGGAUGAACUCUGCAGAAGGUCGGCAAUAG